AUGACUGACCUUCCCGACGAGAAUCCAACUACCCCCACUAACACUACUACUGACGCCCACGCCAACUCUGCCACCGAUUCUACUCAACCGGCUACCUCUUCCCCUCAUCACCUUACCUCACUACUCACCAAUUCACCACCUAAACCUGUCUCAUCCACUCCUCAUCCUACCAUCCAACCUUCUGAAAGUCUUGAUGUCUCAAGUACUUCUUCCAUCACUCCUUCUACUACUUCUUCAAUCUUGAACUACGUGGCUUCACCCGAAUCGGCUUCUACUUCUACUACUUACCCUUCACUCGAAGCUCAGUUGUUUUCAAAACCAACUACCAAUCUUGGGGCUCUGAACUCAUUGUCAUCCUCUGUUACUGCGAACUCGAUCAAUCGUACAAAUAACGAUAUGACUCGAGCAGAAGCAAUUGGUCUAUAUCGUACUGGAAAUCUAUCUAACUUGCCUACAAGACCACAAUCUCCUACCAACAGUCGGGAUCAUCAAUCGAAUGCAUCUCGUGCUAGUUCUGUCUCUUCCACCACUCGUCGUCGUCCUAGGGCUGGUACCAUGCCAUCAUCCCUUCAUAAUUCAACUCAAUCUCCUCUCAGCUUGUUGAAUGCUCCACCAAGUGCAAGACCUGAAAUUUUAAGACAGUUGAAUAUGUUGAGUGGCGGGUCUGGAGCGGCUACUGGAUUGCUUCCUGGACUUGGGGGUUCUCAUGGAUUUCCAUCAUCCGCACAAGGACCUCUUUUAUCAUCUAAUUUGCAUUCAUCUGCUUCUGAUAUCAACUUACGAUUAACUCUUGAUAAAACUCGGGCUCGAGCUGGUACGGUUGCUUUACCACCAUCCUCUGCAUCUUCAUACUUUGGCAGGGGUGUCUUCUCAGCGAAUUUUGUACCUAGAACAUCAAGAAUGAAUGAAGAAGUUCGGUCGAUGAAAUCGGAUGAUUCAGUCUUUGGAGAUAAUGAAUUGCAAACUGAAGCUGGUCAUGUUAGAACUCUUGAUUAUCUUGGUCUUGAUGCCGAUUCUCCAAUUUCACCACCUAGCUUUGCUUCUCAAUUACCUAACCCACCACAAUCUGCUUACGCUGGUUCAACAUUUUAUCAAGUGGUUAAUGGUGUACCACAUCAAACUCCUUCUACUUCUCAUUUCACUCAAAAUCAACAUGGUCACUCUCUUUCAACAUUGGCUAGUUUGGCAGGAAGGAUGAGAGCCUCAACCGUUUCAGGAAUGUCAUCUGCCAUCAGACCACCUCCUUCGAUUCGCAGAACAUCGCCAUUUGAAUCUCAUGAAGAUGGUUAUGAUGACAAUGGAGCUGAUUCAGCUGGGAUGAGAGAUGAUGAUUUCAGUGUGCCUCUUGGUAGUGCUAACUCUAUGAUCAGUCAAUAUGCCAUCAACACCGGCCGAGUAGGACGUAUGAUUCAUACUGCUGAUCCAUUGCUUCACCAUGAGAUGCACGAAUCAUCUAAUCCUUCACCAGUCUACUCGACAAUGUUAAGUGCGGGUACUCCAGGAGUUGGAAUGCUCAGUAAUCGACCUCGAGCUUCCACUCUUGCUGGUGCCUCACUUCUUGGAGCUGGUAGUCUUCCCGGAAGCGGUCAGGUCGGCUUAGGAUCCUUGAAUGGCAUCUCAGCCUCUGUUGCUCGUAAUCGAGCAGGCACCAUGGCUGGAUUAUCAAAACAUCCUGUCUUUUUGAAUUCCCUCAGUGGUGAUGGUAAUGAUCUUGGCUUGAACCAUGGAUACGGAUCAAUGGAUAAUAACAACUGGAUUUCUGGCUCAAGACCCAUGACGCCUGAAGGUGGUGUCAGUGGCGGAUUGGCGCCAAUGCAACAAUCUUCACGAAGUUUAUGGAUCGGAAAUUUGGAUCCGACAACCUCGGCCCAGGAGCUCAUGAGCGUUUUCGCUGUCUAUGGUGCCAUUGAAAGUUUGAGACUUUUACCCGACAAGGAGUGCGGUUUUGUCAAUUUUGUAUCUAUACACGAUGCUGUUCACGCCAAGGAUGAUGUUGUCAACCGAUUGGGGGCACAAAUCAAUUUGAAGAAUGGACCUACUUUGGUUAGGAUAGGCUUCGGAAAACCUGAAUCAGCUCCACAGACACCCGCUACCAUUGGCACUAUGCCAUCUAAUAUGAUGACUAGUUCAGGUAGCGCCGGUGGACUCUCACAAUCGAUGAUGUUAUUGUCUUUGAACAAUUCACAAGGUCCACAUGGAGUGGUCACCUCGAGCCAAGUCAGCAAUAUCAAUCCUAGUCAAAGUGGUUAUACUAAUAUUGGUGGGAUCAUCUUGGGACCUAAUGGAGAUCCUGUGUUACAAUCUUCACCUACGAGAGCACUUUGGAUCGGUAGUAUUCCUCCUCAAACCACUCCUAAUCAUCUGAUGGAAAUUUUCUCACCUUAUGGUGCGAUUGAAUCGGCAAGAGUCUUGACUCACAAAAAUUGUGGAUUACGUGCCCGUAAAGCGUUGAGUGGACGUGAGAUCUUGGGUGUCGAGGUGGGAGCAGUCAAAAUCGGAUAUGCGAAAGUACCAGUGAAAGCACCUGGUACAUUCUCGCCUUCGUCACAGAUGGAGUCAAUGUCAAAUGAUCCGAUCAACCAACAACUAGCGUAUGAAACAUUGGCUAGAAUGAGAGGAGCUUCAGUCGUACCACUUGAUCAACAAAUUUUGAGUGGUAGCAUUCAAGAUUAUCGAUCGAACCUUGCUAUGAGUUUCAUUCCUAAUGGGAUUCAUGCCUUCAAUGGAUUCCCACUCAAUGGCGCCAUUCCACCUCAAAGUGCUGGACUUUCUGUUGGAAGUGUUGGAAUGGGUAACACACCUGGAAGAUCAAGCAAUAGUCAUUAUGAAUCGUGUAAUGGAAGUGAUGGGGAAGCAAAUGCGAACGCCAAUACUUGUUCGGUACCGAUGCCAGCUGUGACGGAGAUGCAACUCUUGAUGCGACAAUUGAGUCAACCAUUGAAGAAAGAAGGUUCAACAGAUGUUCAAGAAGAUGAACAAGGAUCCAAUGAAGAAGAUGAAAAGGCAGUCUCUGAAUUUAGACCACCGGUGACUUAUUAUACUACUGUACCACCACCUAUCAAUCAACUUGAUCCGCAUCGUCGAUUGGUUUCUGCUACUGCUGAUCCUCCUAGAUUAAGAGAGAUACGUAAACGACUUGAUAAUAGUAACUUAGGCCAAGAUGAUUUAGAUUCAGUGGCUAGUGAAUUAAUGGAAGAGAUUGUUUACUUAUCAUCAGAUUAUAUUGGAAAUACUAUUGUACAAAAGUUAUUUGAAAAAUGCUCACUUUCCGUAAAGAUGCAAAUGUUAGAAAGAUGUGCACCACAUUUAGCGAUAAUCGGAUGUCAUAAAAAUGGAACAUGGGCAGCACAAAAGAUGAUAGAUUGUGCUACUACACACGAGGAAAUGUCAAUUAUCAGUCAAAACUUAAGACCGUUUGCACCACCUUUAUUAUUAGACAAUUUAGGAAAUUAUGUGAUGCAAUGCUGUUUAAGGUUUGGAUCGAAUUAUAAUGAGUUUGUAUUUGAUUCAAUGAUUGAUAGAUGUUGGGAAGUAGCACAAGGAAGGUUUGGGGCAAGAAGUAUGAGAACUUGUUUAGAAUCUAAACAUACAACUCAAUUACAAAUCAAAAGAGUAGCUAUCGCGGUAAUUUUAAAUUCGAUUCCACUUUCGACUAAUCCGAAUGGAACUUUACUCUUAACUUGGUUAUUAGAUACAUCCAACUUACCUGGACGUUACCGAUUACUUGCACCAAGAUUAGCUCCACAUCUAUCGCAUUUAUGUACACAUAAAUUAGCAUCUGUUACAGUUUUAAGAGUCAUUAAUCAAUCGAUCGAUCCAGAUGCAUCUCAAAUCAUUUUAGAUGGUUUAUUUCAUUCAUCUAAAUCUGUUUUGGAAGACGUUUUAGGUGAUCAAGUUCAUGGUGUGAAUGUAUUGAUGAAGAUCUUAGGAUCACAGUUUGUUCCUAAUGAUCAAAAAGUGAUGAUGUCAGAAAAAAUCAAAGAAGUGAUGAUCGCUUUAAGAGUUCAACAUAUUCCAGCUUAUAAACGAUUAGCAGAAGAAUUAGGAAUACCAAUUAAUAAUCCUAGUUCUACUAAUAAUUCAAAUAACAAUAAUAAUCAUACACCACCUUCUUCGAUCUCAGGAAUGAAUUCGAGUUCUAAUCCUUCUUCUCUUACUCCUACUUCAAAUCAUUGGAAUCAUCAAUUCCAAAAUAAUCAACUUUCAAAUCAUCAUCCGAUUUGGAGUUCUGGAGGUGGAGGUGCUGCUGGAGGAGGUGCUGGUGGAGAGUUUGGGAUUCGAAAUCCGAUGGGAGGAUUUGUGACAGGUGGAGUUGGAGUUGGAAAUGUAGGGUUUGAGAUGAGUUUUGGUUCAAGUUCAGAUGAGAAUUCUCAUUUGAAUCAUCAGAUUAGGUUUUAAUUAAGAAAUCCAUCUUGUUGUGCUUUUUUUGAUUUAAAUGUGUGUCAUGUGAGUGUUUUCAAAAAUCUGUGAAUGUGUGUGUGAUUUUUUUUCUUUUUUUUUGUCGUUUUUUUUUUGGAUAUGCUUUCCUUUUUCUUUUUCUUUCUUUUUCUUCUCUUUUUUUCUUUUCUUUGAGAGUGUAUGAUGAUUUUUUUGCUUCUUUUCUUUUUCUUAUACAAAUUGUGAAUGAUUUUUU